AUGCAGUGGAAUAAUGUGGCUAAGCCGGAGAUAUACUAUCACAAUGAUGGCUAUUUCCUGGUAAAAUUUGCUACCAAAGAGGACCAUGAAUUGGUUCUAUAUUCUGGGCCAUAUAUGCUGAACAACCGACCGGUGAUUGUGAAAGGGUGGACUCCAGGAUUCAAUUUUAAUGAUGAAGUGCUGCGCACCAUUCCUCUAUGGGUCCGUCUCCCUAACCUUCCUUUGAGCUGUUGGGUAGAGGUGGAUGUCACCCACAAACUACCGAAUUGCCUCAAGGUUGAGGAACCUGAUGGUUCAAUAUUUGAGCAAGCGGUAGAGUUUGAUUGGAAGCCGCAAUUCUGCACUGAAUGCUUGCAAAUUGGGCAUGUGUGUCUUGAUGACCCUGCUCCUAAAAAGGUUGGUAUAAGGAAACCAGGAAAACAAGCUUGGAAUAAGGCUGAGGGGAACAAGGAAGCACAGCACAAGGAGAAAGGGGGUAGGGGAAAGGAGGUGGCACAAAGCUCUGCAGGGACUGGAAGUGAAUGGAAACAAGCAAAGGGUGGAUCACCUGUUAAGGUACAACCAAUUAAGCAAAAUGUACCUCCCAACAAUGCCUUUAACCCACUGGUGGAAGAAGCUAACCAUAAGAUGAUAACUCGAUCACAGAUCAGGGAUGCUGCAAACAUGUGGGUGGUCACAUGGAAUGUUAGAGGCCUAAACCAGGCCUAUAAGCAGAAGGAACUACAGGUUUUUGUACAAAGAAACAAGGUGGGACUGUUAGCAAUUGUGGAACAUAGGGUACAUCAGAAAAAUGCAGCUAGGGUAGUUAAGCAAGUGUUUCCUAGAUGGCAAUGGCAGCACAACUAUCAGGUUGGUGGGAAAGGAAGAAUAUGGGUGGUAUGGGAUGCUAGGCUGUGUGACUUCUCUGUCAUCCAGUCUACUCCCCAGUACAUUCAUGGAUAUCUAAGAAUACAUGCUAACAAUAUGGCAUUUCACUUAACUGUCAUAUAUAGAUUGCAUAGUAUCCAAGAUAGGAAACCAUUAUGGGAGGACUUGACGAACAUAGCUGGGUUGAUGUCAAUACCCUGGUUAGUGAUGGGUGACUUCAAUGCCAUCAUGCAUGUAAAUGAUAGGACCUAUGGUGCACCAAAGGCAGGACUCAGAAAUAAAGGAUUUAUGUGA